UACUCUUCCUGUUUCUCUUCAUGGAUGCUGGAUUCUGAAACACCCACCGCACUCGCAGCACUCGCAUUCAGUAGGAAAUCAUACGUCCGACGCAUCUCGCGUCAAACCGGUGCUUCAUUUUUAUCGCUCGUACCUUUCCUAAGCCACAUCCUUAUUUUUUUUUCUCUUUCUUUUUACAAACUUCCGUCCGUUCGUUAUUUGAUUUUCCAUUUUUUCCGAUCGAACGGGUGGCCGAGAACCAUUUAUUUUGUUUAUAGCCAUUCUCGUGCUGAUUCGUGCGUGUUACGUUUUUCCGUAAAUCCGUUGAACCAAAAGGCGACUACCAUUUAAAUCAUCAUCCCGCAAUGAUCAGGUGAAACUCGGCACGACUUCCCUCGACUUUUGAGGGUCCGGACGCCGGACUCCCAGCAGUUGUUGGAGAAGCAACGUUAUGGUGGUUUACGUGCCAGGGAUCGCUGGGGUCCUCGUUUUUUAUGCCGCUGUCCUUGGGGUCGGCGUCUGGGCUGCGACGAAGAAGAGAAAAAAAAAUCGAAACGGACAAGAUGAUAUGAUUCUUGCUAAUCGAGGAUUGGGUCUAGUCCUCGGUGUAUUUACCCUCAUUGCGACAUGGGUUGGCGGAGGAUUCGUGAAUGGUACUGCCGAAGCGAUGUAUAUCAAAGGCUUGGCCUGGUGCCAAGUUCCCAUAGGUUACAGCCUUUCUCUUCUUUUCGGAGCAAUGUUGUUCGCAAAGCCAAUGAGGAAGGCCGAGUACGUGACGAUGCUGGAUCCUUUUCAACAACGUUACGGUGCAAGAGUCGGCGGAUUACUGUUUCUUCCGGCUCUCCUAGGUGACAUAUUCUGGUGCAGCUCCGUACUCAAAGCACUUGGCAAUUCGUUGUCCAUCGUCGCUGGUCUUGAUCCCAACAUUAGCGUUUGCGCAUCAGCCGUCUUCGUUGCGAUAUACACCGUUUUUGGAGGACUUUAUUCGAUCGCUUGUACCGACGCGUUACAGUUAGCGUGUAUAGUCUUUGGUUUAGCGGUUGCAACCCCUUAUGCCAUACUCAACCCCGCUGUAUCUUUGGACAAACAAAUAAUGAAGGAAGAUGGUUGGCUGGGCGAAAUAAAAAACGCUGACCUCGCGAUGUGGCUCGACAGCAUGCUUCUUCUCAUUUUUGGUGGGAUACCUUGGCAGGGAUACUUUCAACGUAUACUAAGCAUCAGGAGCACCGCAGUCGUGAGGACCUUGUCAAUCGCUUCGAUGUUCGGCUGCCUCGCUGUUGCUGUACCUUCCGCAAUGAUCGGAGUAGUCGCUAGAGCCACAGACUGGUCGAUGGUCGAAGGUUUCAAUAAGACCAUCCUGUCGCCGGAUGGUAACGCCAUUUUACCCAUCGUCCUACGCUACUUGACACCUCAAUGGGUUGGUUUCUUGGGUCUCGGAUCGAUAUCAGCCGCGGUCAUGUCAUCAGCGGAUUCUAGCAUCCUCGCAAGUAGUUCCAUGUUUUCCCGAAACAUUUACAGACUCGCCAUCAGGCCGAAAGCUACGGAAAAAGAGCUGGACUGGAUCCUCAGAAUUUCUGUUCUCAUUGUCUCGUUGCUAUCCGCCGGAGUUGCACUCACCGUUGGCAGUGUUUACUACUUAUCUCAUUUGUGCUCGGAUCUUGUCUACGUCGUUCUCUUUCCACAACUUCUGGCGGUUGUUCAUUGGCCGUCUAUGGUCGACACCUACGGCUGCUUAGCCGGAUACUUGGUUGCCGUUGUUCUGCGAAUUUCCGGUGGUGAGCGAGGACUGGGAAUUCCGGCUUUCAUUCACUUCCCUUAUUACGACAUUGAGACCCAAACUCAAAAAUCUCCGUUCCGAACGACCGUUAUGAUGACCGCGCUUUUCACACAACUGAUCGUGAGCUCGUUGACGAGGAAUCUUCUUGGAAAAGGCUACUGUCCGCGUUGCUGUGAUCCUUUGGGGGUUUAUUCGCCUGGCAAGUCAAAAGAACAAUUGGGCGUUGUACAGAGCAGUUCCGGUGCAGCUUUGAUCGAUGCGACGCUCAACGAAACGAGCACGUACCACGGUUCGAGUGGAACACCGGAUGAGGAUUCUGUCGAUCAUUGCAGUCGGGGAACCGAAGGAUCCGAUCAUUACCAGGGAAUAGAGGAUCACAAUGACAUCGGCUUCAGAAGCGUGAAUGGCAGUGCGGUUCACAAAGCGAAUCGGAGUCUUCAGAAUCUUCAAAAUCUUCAAAGUACGAUUCACACGCCAGGACGCACGCGCUCGAACAUUCCACUAACGCCGAGUAUUCAUUCGGACGGUCAGAUAUUGGGAGUGAGAAAUCUACAAAAUUCCAUCACAGGUUCGGUCCACGUUCCAAACGAGAUUAACGGCACUCACGUCCCAUUACGGAUCGUUAAUCCAACGGCUACUCCCGGGAGCGCGUCUCUCAUGGGGACUCCGGCUUAUGGGAAACUUACAAAUUUUGAAAAAAUUCGAGACAUCGAUAGGAUCGUUGAUCGAAGCUCUUUGGAGCUCAACUUGAAUUUAAAUAAUCAGGAAACACCUGGAAUUGUCAAGAAGAAUGUUAUGGGCGUGAAGCUGAUUGGAAUGGAGGGUGGAACACUGAGAAGACCCUCUCUGCAGGGAACUUUUUCACCUACGCCAUCGGUAGAGUUGGUCAACAUUCUCGACAGACGGCAAAGCGGAGGGUCCUAUGGUCCCAGUUCUUUGUCCCCGGUGCCGGGCGUUGAAGCUUGCAAGACGCAUGGAACCGCGGUAGGGGGACAAGCCGGCAACGAAAAUUGUAGAAUCAAGCGAGGGAUCGUUAGGCAUCACAGCUUCAACGACACGGGCGAUCGGGCUUUGACGACUCUAGCGAGGCAACCGAAUUAUCCUUCUAUGCCGCUUCGCUCGGAAGAUUCUCGUCUGACGCUAAUGAAAAAAGAUAAAAAACCGAACGGAGUUAUAGUCCGUCAUUCAUCGGUGGCCGAUGAAAAAGGACUUUCUGGCCGCGGAUUGGUGCUCAGUCCAACUUACAGCAUGUACGGAUCAGCGGUAAAGAACAGCAAUUAUUUCGUUGCCGACGAUGAGGCCGUCAGUCGAUUUUAAAAGAGAAUCAUUCCAAGGCCCGCCUUUGUGAAUAAUCAACAGAGCAGAUUAUGAAGCGUCUGCUGUAUUGCUCAAUUUGUAGAUCUUAUUAGUCGCAUAUUCGUAAUAACAUAUUCCCUCACAUAUAAGAAUCAUAACGUUUUAUCGAAAAUCCUUAUUUUCAUGUAAAUAGAAACGAAACAGGCUCGGAUGAAUAAAUUCGUUGUACCUAUAGUAAUACUCCGCUAUACUAGACACACGCACACAUUUAUAUUAAAGUACAGAGUAAUCCACCAAUCAUCGCUAUCCUUUGAAAUAUAGCACCAAAUUCCGGCUCUAAAAGUGCCACCCGCGAAGCGUUAGCAAUUACAUGCGUCGAGGAUCCCCUUAUUUUGACAUAACCAACUGUCGCGCAAUUUCCCCAGAAGCCGCUUGUUUUUGAUUCUCAUGACCGAUUGAAACAAAAUUUCUUCAUAUUUCUUUCAAAUUCGAAAUACGGUUUUUGAGCGAUGAAUUUCUGUGGUGCGAUGAAAACAUAGAAUGUACGAUGUAAGAAAUGUUUUUAACGAUAAUACACAGCUGACCCAUAUUCAUACUUAAUGUCGUCACAUCGUCGGAAUUGCAUUGUGAAGAGAACGCAUCAUUUCUCGUCCAAAUGACUCUGGAAAAAUCUACUUUUCUAGUUUCAGCCAAUGAUUUUGAUAUUCGCUUUUGCUCACCGUAGAUUUUUAUACACGAAUACUUUUCUUUUCAUUCAUACCGUUCUCUGUCAUAAUUUGUAAGUUGAUGCGUUUUCCCGUACUUUCAGGGAAAGUACGCCGCCGAGGGCGGCGCGAGUAAUCUAAUAUUUAUAGCGAGAUGGACGACAAGUUGCAAAUCCAUAAUAUAAUCUUAUUAAGAUACGAUACUAUUUUUGCACUGAUAGCUCGUUAGUGACAAAACGUACCGCGUUUUAAAAUGUUGGGCGAUGAAAAAUUCGUGCAGCACAAUUGUGAGGACUGAGAAUAUAAAUCUCGGCAUCCUUUUUUCAUGUAUAAUUGUAUUGAUAAGCGUAGUAGAGUCCUUGCUCAAUAAUGUAUUUGUAUUUGGGAAAAUAAUAACGUGAGCAAGAUUUUUUAUGUUUGUACGUCACUCCAAAAUUCGAAAUGAAAAUACGUGCAUGAUUUUGCAGUCACUUUUCCAAGUGAAAAAAUUUUUGCGAUUCGCAUAUAGAUGUUUAUUAUUACACUUUGUGAAUGGUAUGGUACGUGAUGCUCAUCCUACGUCUCGAACUGAAAGACCAACUUUACGUCACGUCUCAAAUUUUGAUAACUUUUCCAACUGAAUUUUGUAAUCUACCAAAGAGUAGAGUUUGAUAUCGAAUGGAAUUCUCAAUCCCCAAAUUUUUACCAACUUGGACCAAUGUGUAAAGUCUCCUAACGGAAACGUACCACGAUGUUGCAAAACAUUCCUAAAAAUGACAUAUUAUUAACUUGUUUUGUUUACGUAUAAAAACGUCAAAGUAUCUCUUAAUCCUGAGCUCGCGACACGAUUAGUGUUGGGCUCUCUCAUUCCUCUUGUUCCAAAGCUUAGAACAUCUGUGACCUGUGCCAGUAUUAUUAGCUCGUAAGGAGGAAAAUUGGAAAGCAUCGUCGUUGAAAUGAUCGCGAAUGUCGGUGUCAACGAUGAGCUAGCUCCUCUCUCGUACCUCAAUAGGAUGCCUAGUUUUAAAACGUAGUCGUCAAAUUUCAGACAUAGAAUUAACAUUAGGUUUAAAUAUUUCCAAGUGUAUAAAGCGAUUAGCGAAGCUCAUAUAUGGGGACGACGAAUUGAUCGACGGAAACGGACGUCUCAUAAUAUAAUCUUAUUUAUUAUAUUUCUCAAAAGAAGAAAACAAAUCACGUAGUCGAUAUGUAAAUACAGUCAUACUAUUCGAGUGUAAUUGAAAGCGUCCCAAUUUCAAUUUAAUCAAUGCCAAUUAGUUUCUAAGGUACAAAAUUAAUGAUAGAUGCGAUAGGAUGAAUUUCAUUUUCUUUUACGACACGAUCCUCGCGAUAUUGUGUCAUGUGAAUUACGUGCCAAAGUCUAGGAUUAUUGACGAAAUAUAUUGUAUAUCAUAUUUAAAUUAAAGAUAUAUAAGUUCGAGUAGAAUUAAAAAUAUCGUUAAUAUGAAAGCGAUGUGUUUAGAUAUGAAUGGAUUUCAUGAAAAUUUUAAGGUGCCAUAUGCAUCUUCCGACAAAGUUUACGUUUCGAAGUAAAUGGGCGAAGAAUACGCGAAGAAGCUGUUGAUAUGGUAAUCAGUUCUCCAGGAUCAUUUAUUUUCAAACGAAUUUGUGAAUCUUAAUUUGUAAUAUCUUAAUCGAUGAAAAAUCCACUUCAACGAAUAGCGGUCUCUGUACUUAUAGGGAUCUUAAAUCCAAAACAGUCGUUCAGCCCUGAUUGAAAGCAACGUGGCUGAAAAUACGAGACGAAUCUAUAAAACUCGCGCGCUUUGUGCCAGUUUUAUGCGUCACAACAAUGAAUCAGAUAUUCAUUCAUGAUGCAGCUACUGAUCGACGAAGGCUUUUCCAUUCUCAAACAGACAAUCCUUAGCGAGAGCCGAAAAAUAUGUGAAUAAUGUAUUAUAAACAAUUUCAUAAACGAAAAAAUAUCACUUGUUUCCGUUUCUGAGACACGAACUAUGUUACGUAACGAUUGCACCGGUGUAAUGGAUAUAAUUAAUCACAAAACGCAAUGUGUUUCAAAGUUUUGAUAAUAGUUCAUAGUUUGCGGACCAUACGAAUUACGAGGCAAUUUCAUUCGCAGCGAUAGUUGCAAAAUGAUGCUACACCAAUAAAGUUUCUAAGAAUUAAGCGCCAAUUAAAAAUGAUUCGAUACUCAA